AUGGGUCUGGGCGGCUUCAAGACCGCGUGGCAGAGACAGACCAAGGACUUCUCGCAUACACAGGCCGACAAGUACUCCUCGCUGAUCAUCGACAAUCGCGGCGUAGGCGAGUCUGACAAGCCGAUGAUGCGUUACUCGACCUCCGAAAUGGCCCGCGAUGUGCUCGAGGUGCUUGACCACAUCGGCUGGACCGAGAAGCGCCAGCUCCAUGUCGUUGGGAUCAGCAUGGGCGGUAUGAUCGCUCAGGAACUGGCACAUCUCGUCCCCGAGCGCAUUGCAACGCUGUCCUUGGUCUCCACCGCCUCUGGCCUCUUCAACACCGUCGGAUUUGUUGAGAAUCUCCGCAAUCGCAUUAACCUGUUCAUCCCCCGCAGCAUUGACAACCAGCUCGCCCACGUCAAGCGCAAUCUCUUCACCGACAAGUGGCUGGAGUCGCCAGACAAUCACGAGUACACCAAGCAGCCUUUCCCUACGAACUGCGACCGUUUUGCAGCAGGUGAAAUUAGUAAGCGCAAGGACCCUGCCCACUUCAACCGCACUGGAUUCAUGGCCCAGGCCAUUGCUGCUGGCUGGCACUACAAGAGCCCGGAGCAGCUGCGUGAAAUAGCGGACAAAGUAGGCCGCGAGCGUAUCAUGGUCGUGCACGGCACUGAAGACCGUAUGAUCACCUUCCCUCACGCAAGGGUGUUAAUAGAGGGACUAGAGGGCAUUGGCGAGCAGCAGAAGGGAGAGGUAAAGAAACACCUCAUUGAUGGCCAAGGCCACUGCAUUCCUAUCGAGAUGAGAGAAGAGUUCAAGACUUGGCUAGAGGCUUUGAUUACUAGAGGCGAGGAGUUGAACAAGACCAGCGCAUGA